AGCGCAGGCAGGCUCGCGAGCGGCCGCCGCGCACCGGCCGGAGCGGGGGGCACCAUGGAGCUGAAGAAGGACAGCAACGCCGUGUCCAUCGACAUGCUGCUGAUCGUGCACUCGGAGAAGCGGCGCGCGGCUCAGGGCGCGCACUCGGACCGGCCGGCGGACCCGGGCGCGCCGCCGCAGCGCAGAGGAGGAUUUCAAGGCGUCGGGAACGGAAUCCGGAGAUGGCAGAAACUAGAAGGAAAUGACCUACAUGGGAACCUGGUGGAGAAGCAACAUGCCCAGCAGACCCAGGUCAUCACUUCCUACGACAACCAAGGAACACAGCUGACUGUGGAGGUCCACCCUCGGGAUGCCAUGCCCCAGCUGUUCAAGAAGUUCUCCUUAGCUAAACGUUUACAAGUUGAUAAAAAUGGAAACACAAGACCCCGGCAGCCUGGAGGGAAAGAUACCCAUGCCUACCCCUGGGAUCGCUCCAGCCUGAAGUCCAUGCCCCUGGACCUGCGGCAGUUUGAGAAGCUGGACACCUAUGCCUCACAGGUGACAGUCAAGAGCGGCCUCGAGGAGCUGGUGAGCGACCUGCUCCAGGAGGCCCACAGUGACCUGGAGAUUGUCCGUGCCAUCUGGAUCUGGAUCUGCCACCAUAUAGAAUACGACAUCGAGGCUGCCCAGGAGAAGGACCGCCAGGCCUUCAAACCCACCGCCAUCCUGCAGACCCAGAAGACCAACUGUGACGGCUACGCUGGGCUCUUUGAGAGAAUGUGCAGGAUCGCUGGAGUGCAGUGCAUGACCGUGCCUGGCUACUCCAAGGGCUUGGGCUACCAGCCGGGGCAGAGCUUCUCCGGGGAGUUCGACCACGCCUGGAAUGCCGUGUUCCUGGAGGGGAGGUGGCACCUGGUGGACAGCACCUGGGGCAGUGGCCUGGUGGAUUCCUCCACGUCCAAAUUCACCUUCCUCUACAACGAAUUCUACUUCCUCACCCACCCUGCACUGUUCAUCGAGGACCAUUUCCCAGACAACAAGAACUGGCAACUGCUCAAACCCCCUCAGUCCCUGAGGCAGUUUGAGAACAACAUGUAUCACAAGAGUGAGUUCUACAACAAGGGGAUGCUGAGCGCCCAGCCGCAGACUUCCAUCAUCAAAACAGUGAAUGGAAAGGCCACGGUCACCAUCGAGAGCUGUGCUCCGACACAGUUCAUGUUCAUGCUCAAUGGAAAGCAGGAGCACGGGCUGCUGAGCCUCCGGAAGAACGGGAUGAAGCUGGACGUGUACCCCCCGACCGCGGGCGACCACAAGCUGCAGAUCUUUGCCAAGGGCAACUCGGAGAUCUACAGCUCCGUGCUGGAGUACACGCUCAAGUGCCACUAUGCAGACAUGGACGUCCAGCUGCCAGCUGAGUUGCACCAGCCCGUGGGCCCCAGCUGGUUCUCGGAGCAGAUGGGCAUCACCAAGCCGUCCCACACCGAGCCCGUCAUCUACACCAGCGACGGGCGCUGCUCUGUCAGCUUCGGUGUGGAGGAGGGCAUCAGCGUCCUGGCUUCGCUGCACGGAGACGACGGCCCCGUCACCGAGGAGACCCAGCGACGCUACAUCUUCCAGCUGCACCGGGAGAAGCGGACGGAGCUGAAGGUGCAGCUGCCCCACGCCGGCAAGUUUGCACUCAAGAUCUUCGUCAAGAAGAGGCAGGAACCGGGCAACUACCUUUUCGUCUUCAAUUACCUCAUUUGCUGUACCAAUACCAAGGUGAACUGGCCCGUGUUCCCCGAGAGCUUUGGCAACUGGGGGGUGGACAAUGAGCUGCUGGAGCCGCUGUCAGGCGUGCUGCCCGCCAACCGCAACGUCCCGUUCAAACUGAAGCUGCACGGCAUCGCCAAAGCCCUGGUGAAGGGGCAGGACACGUGGCCACUGACCCUGAGCGCCGAGGGCUACUGGGAGGGCAGCUGCAGCACCGCAGGCUGCCGGGAGGUGUACGUCAUGGUGCUGGAGAAUGCCAACCACAGCUUCUACUCCUACAUCCUCAAGUACCAGGUCAACGCCCAGUGAGGGCCGCCUGCCACCCCCACCCCUGCCGGGCCGCGCCCAGAGCCCGGACACCACUGAGUCUGCAUGGAAUCCCUUCUGGACCUCUGCCUCGUGUUCCUGCUCCGCCGGAGGCUGCGAUGUCAGUGGCCAAGGGGACAGAGGCAAAGGCCCUUUAGACGACAAAGGUGCUAUGUAAAUCCAAGGUAUUGUAACUGUACUCACUGCCCAGACACCCCCCCUUCUCGUGCUGUCCUUGUUAUUCUCGGGCUGGUGUGGGCAUGCCGCCCGGGGCCAAACACCUUUCCCGUGAUGGGGAGAGAGAAGCGGGCGUGAUCCGUGAGGCUGAGUCAUCCUGAGUUCUCGAGCCCCUUCCCAGGAGCUGCACAGAGCUUCUCACCAACUCUCGGACCCCAGGGGAGGUCAGACUGUCAUCUUCUUUCCAGACCUGACCAUCUCCUGCAUUCCCGAUGCUGCUGCUUAUUCUUCCAAGUCCUGAGAAGGAAGGUGCAGAGAGGAAGCUAACUGCCCCCCAGCUAGCCCGGGGGCCAAGGGCCUCCACAAUCCCUGUGUGUGCCUGAAAUGUGGCAAUAGAAUCGUCAUGGGAGACUUCAGGGCCGAGAGCAGCCAGUGCCUGCACUUGUUGUUCUGGGUGGGGGCCAAAGAGGCAGGGAUAUAUGGCAGUCCUGCCACCCUAGUCUCAGGAUGUAAGACCCCGACUCUGCUCUCAGAGAGAUUAAUUCCAUCUACUUGGUCUAUCAGCAGUUCACUCAGCCCCUGCAGGCCCUCUCAGAGCCUGUGCCUCAGGCCCCAACCUGAAACCCACACUGGGAACCCCAGGAGGCUUCUGGGCCCAUGGGGACCCCUGGCAAUAAUCCUCAAUAAAGACUUCAGGUGCAGUAGUAAGAACGCUGCAGUGCUGGGGACCCCCAUGAUAGCAGGGUCCCACCAGCCCCAAGAUCUCUACCACCAAUGCCACACCUGGGGGACCUCGACCUGCCCUGGGAGCAAUUUCUAUCCCAUGUCCCUUCCUUCCUCUCAAGAGAGACCGCCAGAGUCUGCCUUCUGUAGGGACCCAUCCAGAGCUCCUUGCUUGCUCAGGCCUGAGAAGUCUAGCCUGCCCAGCCAGCCCUUAGCAGCACCUCAGGCCAGUGUUGCCAUGGCAACAGAAGAAAGACUGGCUCCAAUGAGGGCGGCAGGCGGGAAGGAUGGAGAGGCCCUGAGAGGCCCUGCAGAGCCGCUGCAGCACCAUCCCAGCACAUGGAGAGGUUGCAGGUGAUCUCACCUGCCCCCCUGGUUUCUUCAGCCUUGCAGCCCUGCCUACCAGGGCCUGGGCCCGGAAGAGCCAGCACUGCCCAGUACUCCCCUCCCUGCGCUGCCACUCCGGAUGCCCUGGGCUAGCUACGGCCAAAGCUGCUGGGGAUCCUCACGGCCUCCUUGCCUUCAUCCUCACAUUUGCGUAUUCAACGAAUGUUCGUGGAGCACUUAACCAGGUACUGUGUCAGCCGAUCCUUCGUGCAGGGGCUGCAGCCCUGCCCAACCGUCCCGGAGCAAGGGUGGCAGCCGCCGUCCUUGCCCAAGCCUGUUUCAAGUUCCAGGCUCCCAACACUCCAGUCUGUCAUCUCCCUAAGUUCCCUCCCCACAAAGAGCCCCACCACCCCCAGCGUGGACCCGGUCCAGAGGAAUGUCUCAGGGGGCCCAUCCUCCGCCAGGCCAGGGGCCCUGGAACGGGAGGGCAGUACACCACGGUGGGCUGAGCUGCUCUGGCCCGUGUCCAGCGUCCGCUGGCAGGCUCUGCCACCCAGGCAUUCAGCACUGUGUCACUCACGCCUGGAAAAUGCACAAAGGCUGCAGAGGCGGAACCGCUGUGCACCACGACAGGGAAACAAGAGGAGUUUUUACACCCUGGAAACAGCCUUUUCUCACCCCUUUGAUUUUAUGGGCUGAAAGAAAUGUGCUGUGUUUCAUCAAAAUAAUAAGUGCCUUCUAUGACUCAUGUCACUCACUGGACCCAGAGCUGGCUGCGAGUCCUGCUGGGAGCAACUUGCAUCCUCUACAAAACAAUAUAAUUAGUCCAUACAUUCUGGAGCACACAAAGGAUGCCACCCAGCAAAACAGGAGCUGUCCCAAGCAGGAGACGGUGGCCCAGCCUCUCCAAGCGCCUGGGAGCGUCAGCAACCCCUCCCUGUUCAUUUAACCAGGCGCCCCCCCACCCCGCCCGCCUCCCCGCCCCACUCCUUGUAAAGACAGCUGUAGGCACAGACAACACCUGCAUUUCUUUCCACUAAAGUAAAAAUACAUGAGGUGAAAUCCAAUCUUCAUGAAUUUUUACACGCAUGUUGCUCAGGGUAGAAUUCGGGGUUGCAUUUUGAAGUCUUUUAUUCAAAUCCCCAUCUUUGUUUCCCGAUCGAGGCGUUCUACGGCCAGUGGAAUGGCACGGGCGCCCCCUGCUGUCCGAUAUGCGGAGCUGCAGGUGCUGCAAACUCCCGUGAGGCUGGGGUUUUUAUGCAGCAUUUGAAAAAAAUGCGGCAGGGAUGUUUAUAUUAAAUUCACUGAGGGCCUUCUCGUGGCUUCUCAGAGUUUUCUCAUGUAUACGUGGGGCACGUCGUUUCCACACAAGUUGUGAGGCGAGGCAAGGGGACUGCCUGGCAUGGUGCGAAGAACCAUGGCAUGGUGCGAAGAACGUGAUAACGGUUUGAAAAUAUUUUACCCGGAAAUCGGGUAGAAGUGGAUGGGACAGUUCAACCACAUUCAUUACUACGUCAGUGAAAAAUUGGAACUGAUCGAACUCAGAAAGCCUUUGCUGCAAGUCCUAGGAUGGCAGCCCUCAAGCCACAGAAGGGCAUAGAGGGUCGGGGAGGGUGGGGGAGUGGGAAAUGGGCGACAACCACAACUGCAAUUAACUUUUGUUCGACUUGUUUUGGAAGCGCCACCAGCGCAGUUGGACUCUGCCUUCAAUCUGAUUGUGAUCAUUGUGUGUUCCCCAUAUGUUACAUUGUCCCACCAGGACAAACCCCUGACAGCCUGCUGAGAUUAAGAGGAAAUAAAUAGAUUAACUGAAGCAUGAAGGAUUUAGGCUAGACAUAAAGAAGUACUUCCUGUUGUUAAGCAGGAGGGACAGGUUGCCAAGAAAGUUUGUGAAAUCCUCUUCUCAAACGACUGGAAAAGUAGAAAAAUUUUCUCAGUGGUCUGGGGUCUUCGCUGCCAUGCUAUCCAGUUCUUUCCAAACCAGUUUAAUUCUUGAAAUACACUGGAUCGCCCACAGCAAACGGGGGGCCGAAUAGUACGGUAGCGUCCUUUGCUGUUGGCAAAGCUUUCAGAGGCGAGAGGUGGUGUGCAUCUGCGUCCCCCGUCAGUUUAUCCGAGGUCGAUCAUUUCUUUUCAUUUGGAUGCAUAGUUGGAGCUUUGAAGAGGUGAUUACUUUUCAUAACGUGUGCAUUGAGUUGUGUGGGCCACUGGCUGUUAGGUAUGCUUUCCCCUCAUUGUUGCUGGUGUUGUUUUUCAAUAAAAUUUAUAUUCAUUUUUACCCAA